CGCCUUCAUCACCAUCGGCUUAUUCCUCCCCUCCACAAUACUCGCACCCACUGUGGACAAAUAAUGUCGACCGCUAAGUUCAGAGUCACCGAACAUAUCAUCUCCGCAUGCUAUGUCCGGGAGUAUGCGGGCAGUACCGUGGACCAGGAGGAUGUGCUGCAUCUCCACAUCAAGCAAUACACGCCUCGCGAUCUACCCGAUCCCGUCCCAGCCGAUGCUGUCACUAUCAUUGCAGCCCACGCGGUGGGCUUUCCCAAGGAGCUCUACGAGCCAUUAUGGGACGAGCUUCUCGUACGAUCCGCUCAAUCCAACUUCCACAUCCGCGGUAUCUGGAUAGCAGAUGUCGCCAACAUGGGCAUGAGUGGGGUUCUCAACGAAGAUAAACUCAGCAUGGACUGCUCAUGGAUGGACCAUCCCCGCGAUUUGCUUCUAAUGAUCAAUCAUUUCCGCGAUCAGAUGCCGCGACCGCUAGUAGGAGUGGGCCACAGCUUCGGAGGUACCAUCAUUACGAAUUUGGCACUGAUGCACCCCCGUCUACUAACCUCGGUUAUUCUCUUCGAUCCGGUAAUUCAACGACUACCACCCAAGAUGGGCUUUGGUGCGGACCCGCCCGGUCCUGUCAACUUCGCCCUGUGGCGUGACGACGUCUGGCCAAACCGGGCGGCAGCAGCAGCAGCUUACAAGAAAGUCUUUAAGAAGUGGGACCCUCGGUGUCUCGAAUUAAUGGUACAGUAUGGGUUCCGGGAUCUGCCCACGGCCCUGCAUCCCGACUUGGGCGACAAUGUAGACGCUGCCAACCCGCCGGUCACGCUGACCACGACCAAGUAUCAUGAUGUGCUGGGUCAGAUUAGGGAAAGGUUCCAUGCUCGAACGUCUGAUGGCCAGGCACAGUUGGAUCGCUCAACCCAUGCGGACGUGGACCCUUCUGUUGCUGUCCUUCCGGUGUACCGCCCCGAACCGCCCAGCACAUUCAACAAACUGCCAUCGCUGCGACCGUCAACACUCUUCUUGCUCGGAGAAGCGAGUUACUUGAACCUCGAUGAUCUUCGGGAAGGGAUCAAGAGCUGUGGUCAAGGGGUUGGGGGAAGCGGGGGAAGAGACAAGGUCAAGGAGAUCAUUCUACCCAAGCAAGGCCACUUCUUCGCCUUUGAAGCGGUCGGAGAGACGGCCAGCCAUUGUGCCAGCUGGUUAGAUAAGGUUAUGCGCGAAUACCGAGUCGUUGAGCGGGAGUGGAAGGAAAAGAGACAGAAAAUGGCCAAACGGGACCAUUUGGUGCUGAGUGAGGAGUGGCACAGGGUGAUCAAGUCUCCCAGUUCAUUCCGCGCAGCCAAGUCACGGAAAACCAAACUAUGAGGUCUUGGUAGCUGCCCUCCUCUUAUACCUGUGCUUUGAUCUACAGUAAUAAUACCACUAUUUCAUUGCUCCAGC